AUGGACACCGCAUUUGUUACCCGAACCUGGCGGUGCCGUUCGUGUGAGUUUAGCUGAUGUCAAAGGUGUAUUACGUGAUACUGGCUCUCUUCUGAUCACCGUCCGCGUUUAGAAUCUCCCAACUCUAAGGAUAUCCAGGUAAACAAGAAGCAAUAAUGUUAAUAGUAAUUUAACAAUUGUAGCUCUGUGGAAGAUAUGAUGCACUCACUGAAUGGUUACGCUGAGAUCUCUAGGACUUGACAGUUUGCCCUUUGGGGAAGAUCACUAGAACUGCGGCGAAAGGUAACGCCAAAAAAAAUUAAUUCGCGCGACAUUCCGCAAAUGAAGAAAGAGAACUUCCUUCAUCCACAAAUUAGGAUGCAUUGUAAAUAUGGAGAUCUGAAGAUGGAAGGCGAAUUAUUUAUUGAUCGUUUCUACGGCCUCCCUCAAUCACUAGAUUUGCCUCGACAAGUACCACUGUGUAAGGCGUCAUAGUAAGUAAGCAUAAAGUAACAUCACGCAUCGACAAAGGUGACUCGGAUUGUUUUACUGGUCAUAUGGAAUGAUAUGGUUUCUUCAAGCAGGGUCACUGGAAAAUAAUGAAUGCUAGAUGAUAGAAUCUCAGUAAAAUUCCGAGCGAUGUACGCUAACCAUCUUUAUUUUCUGAUCAGCCAAGUUAAAACAUAAAAUAUAAGAACUGGAGAAAAUUUUAACUAUCCUUUUGACUUUGUGACGGAUGUCUACCAAAUUCAUAGUUUGUAGGAGCUUCACCUCACCAUGUUACAAAACCCUCAACUCAAAGAAGGCAACAAACUGAUUGGCUCGACAAAAUAGGAAAACAAAAAAAAUAAGCUAGAUAGGAAAAUGAAGAAUGACAACAAUUUAGGUCAUGGAUAUAGAACGAAAAAAAAUGCUUUAUGUAAAAAAAAAAAAAAAACGAAGAACUUGCUUAGCUAAAGCAAAAUAAGAGUUCACGGGUAAAAUUAUCAAAAUAAAAAGCAACUAUUUAGAAUUAAAUCUUUCAAAUACUUGUAAACGAUGAAUAAUCUAAAAGUCAAUAUUUACAAAGAGAAUGAUAAAAAAAAGGGAAAUUUAAAAGAAAGUAAGUCUAAAAUUCAAUGUACAUGGCACUUUCUGUUGUUUGAAUGUCAAUGUCAAUGUUCUUAAGUUCGAUUUUUUAAUUUUAGGCGGCAGUUAUAGAAAGAUGGAAACAAAAAAUAAUCCUCUACUCCUAAGAUAUGGAUGGAGAAAUUUCAGACCGGGAUAUCUUCAGUUUAUGAACAACUCCAAAUGUUUCUUGCUAUUUGCCACUGCUUUCAGUAUUAGUCAAGGUGCGUUUAAAAUCAGAAGUCGUCUGAUGAAAUAUUUGCUUAUCAUUUGAAGAAAAUAUUCGACAUUUUUUAAAGACAUGUUUAUGUAAUUACAUACACUGUUUUGUCUCUAUUGUUUGUUUUGUCCUAGAAGCAUUUUGUUAUGCUCUUUAAAUUCAACAUUGUACUUUAAAUCAGAACCGAAGAUGACAGAAGAACUUUCGAAACAUGUUUUUUAAAAAUGUCGCAUGUUUUCUUAAAUGCGUGCCAUAUCUGCUGCUAUCCAGACCUAUCAUCAUUUUAUAAUAAUGGUUAUAAGGUCUCAUGUCUUAGAGCCUUAAAAGGAAGAAGUAGCGAUAGAGCGGGUAGAGAAAUCUCUGCUUCCCUUACCUGCUUUGGAAUGAUGACCUAUUUGAUGCGAUUCACCAAGUGCGAAGCAAAUAGAGGAUUAUCCUGUAUAGUAACUGGCUUUUUUCUUGACUGAGUUACACGUAAAAACCGAUGGGUUUCUAAACAGUCUAGUAGUAGAGCUCAAAACCUUCCAAAGAACUCGGAUAAUAACUUAAGCCUCGUUCCAAAACGCCCCGAAGCUGUCCAUCUCCAGUUUCCUUAAACACAUUAUCAUAUAAUGCUAGCGAUUGUGCAUCAAACCCCCAUUUGGACCGUUUAAAAGGCCUUUCCCUUUCUUCCUGGAGUUCAAAGAUCCUACGAGUGAUAUUUUUUAUGAAUGAUAUUUUUCAGGAAUGACUGUUGGUGGUUUAAGCUCUGCCGUCCUCACAACCAUUGAAAAGCGAUUCCAGUUUACUAGCAGAGAAACAGGGUUCAUCGCUGCUUCCAAUGAUAUUUCUGCCAUUCUUCUUACAUUUAUCGCCAGUUAUUGUGGCGGCUAUGGAAAUAAGUCCAAAUGGCUAGGAUAUGGAGCUCUGAUAACAGGUGCACUCCUUGAUUUUUGACGCCUGCCUUUCUCAUAAUCCAUUUAAUGUGUUACCUGUUGGCAGAACUCCUGUUUCCUUCAAUAUUUGUUGUAGUCACAAAUGUCUUUAAGGGCUUAAUUAAUGUGAAAACCAUCCAAAUCGAAUCAACGAUGCAAAGGGAAGUGAAACGAUCGAAAUGAUAAUUUUUUUAAUUUUAGGCGGCAGUUAUAGAAAGAUGGAAACAAAAAAGAAUCCUCUACUCCUAAGAUAUGGAUGGAGAAAUUUCAGACCGGGAUAUCUUCAGUUUAUGAACCCCGCCUCUAGUUGUGACUAGAGGCGGGGGGUUGGGUGGGGCUAUCACGCUGCCCUAAACUAUUCUUCAACCGACGCAGAAAUAUAUCUGGACAGACGAAAAAUAUACAAACGCAAAAUAAAAACCUACCAUAUGAAAAAAAAAGGAAGCACAUAAUAUGACUAAUUAGCAAAAGGUACAAGAACGCGAAAAACUAAACUAAGCAAAAACAAACAGAAGAACAUGGACAAUUACGUCAUCCAGGCGUCUAAAUUUGCUUACGUACCUGUCAGAGUUGGUAGCAAUUUCAGUAACACAUUCAGCUUAUCACGUACCAGGAUCCUACCGACAACCCCUUAGCCUUGAAAGGUCUGGGUACGAGACUGACCUUAGGUAUCAGCAGGUUUCGAUGUAGAUUUCGACUCUACAAACCUCUGUUAAGAUUAGUUGACUCAUUAGUCGCUAGCUCUUAAAUGAUCGACGGUGCAAAUAUAAAAAAAGGCACCGAAAAAUUCAUGAUUAUCAUCUCGUUGACAGUACAGGCUGAAAAGUAACCUUAGUCCAAAAACAUCUGGUAAGUUUGAGAAAGACAUCUUAUGAACCUUUCAGGUGUUGGAUGCUUCAUACAUACCCUUCCCCACGUUAUAAUCGGGCGAUAUCAACCAGAGGCUGACCACGGAGCCUCUACAGGUCAAAGGCAGCUCUUCUGUCACGUGAACACCACAAACACAACAUCGGAUUUAGAGGGUUCCCAGUGUUUAUCGAAAUACGCAAAGAACUGGUACUACCUGAUGAUCUUUUCGGUUGCGCAAAUGGUCAUGGGAGCUGGAACGUCACCCCUGUACUCACUAGCGCCCGCUUAUAUCGACGAGAAUGUCCACCCAAAAUCGUGUCCAGUCUACUUCGGUGUUUUCUUCGCAGCAGCAAUUGUUGGUCCUGGGUUAGGGUUUCUUGUUGCAGGUGCGAUGCUUACAACCUACGUUGAUCUGGAAAUGGUAAGUUCCCAGGAAAUAAGCUCUUAGCGUUCUGUUACAACUUCCUUCGACAGGUUUAUAAAAAUAGUUCCAAUUGUAUGUUAUUCACCAGCCGGGAGGUCCGUAUUGGGAAAAACUGUGCCCGAGGUCUUUAGUACCUUCCGAGGCCUUUAGUACCACCCGAGGCCGAGGACGACUUCUAUUGUAACAAAAUGCAAUUUCGUAUGUCAGAAAAAAAGUUGCUAUUCACUAGCUGUAUAAGUGGAUUUUGCGCACCGUAGUUUUCAUUUUUUGGUGCCUAGAUUUAUAAUUCAUUGACUACAAGUUUGAGGAAUAUUAAUUCUAGAGAAUUAUUUAGGGAAGCCCUGGACGAUCAUUUCUCGUAAUUUCUAUUAUAGUUUUAACAGUUCCUAACUUAGUGUAUUUUUGUUUUAAUAGGUACUAUCAUAUAUAUAUAUAUAUAUAUAUAUAUAGACAGUCUGUCUGACGAGCGCUUAGGCGCGAAACUCAGAGUAAUAGAGAAUCGAUGCGUCCUCUUUGAUUCUUUCACUUAUAUAAACUCAGCUCUGCUACCACAGCAUUGAGCACUUUAUGCCAAGGUAGACUCUACCCCCACAUUUAUAUAUAUAUUAUUAUUAUUAUUGUUGUUAUUAUUAUUAUUAUUAUUAUUAGGGCUAUUAUUAUUGAAACCAAAGAUGCAUUUUUCUUCCAGCCCAAAGGCUUUCAUAUCACUCCUCGGGAUUCACGUUGGAUAGGGGCGUGGUGGCUUGGGUACGUAAUUGGUGGAAGCCUUCUCGUCCUUACUAGUGUGGCCCUUUCAGGAUUUCCACGGCAGCUUCCUGGUGCCAAAGAAAGGAGGGAACAAUUGUUGAAAGAAAGAGCCAUUCCUUUAAAAGACCAAAACGUAAUGGAGAACCUAAAAAGUAUUAUCCCAGCGACAAAGCAGCUUCUCAAGAAUCCUGUCUUCGUUUUUAAUGCUUUGGCCCUGUCGGCAACCACUUUUGGUAGCGCUGGCGUGGGGCCUUUCCUUGUCAAAUUCCUUUAUCUGAAGUUUAAUCUAAGUUUGGCCAUUGCAGGGCUGGCCGUUGGGAUAGCGGUGGCUCCUGGUGCUGGAGGUAAACUCUUGUUGUUUAUGUCAUAAGCUGAACAGACGCACAAUAACGUGGAAUCUGUUCGUUAUUUACUCCCCGUGAAUGUAACUCUAGCUUAGGUUCCCAUGUAAAAGGCGGUUUGAUAAACCUGGAGCCACCUCCUAGAAGAGAAAGAGAUGGCUACAAAGCUACUUAUUAAGAAUGUUAACUAAUAGCGGAUAAAGAGCAGAUUUAAAUUGGAAACAGGCGCAGCCCUGGCUAAAAAUAUUUAAACACUUUGAAGACAAGAGUGCGCAAAUGACGUAGUUUCGCAAGGACUUAGGAAGCACUCAUUAUUUAUCCCGGGAGGGGGGCAGGGUCGGAGGAUUUUGGGAGGAUCGCACUAACAGAGUUUAAAGGUGAGACUACAGAAAAUUGACUGCCAAUGAGAGGGGAUCAUCAGAAUACUACUGAGCCUAAUAGUAAGAUCAGAUAAAUUGUGUCGUGACAUUCCCAGAAUCCUUCAUCCCUCCCAACCCCCCCUUCCCCUACAACCCCAACGAUAAAUAAUGAUAUCGGUCUCUUACGCCUUGUUUAGAGAUAAUUAUCGAGUUUUGAUUCUAAAAGGGACAAUUUAUUUUACUGCAACACAUUAUUUCCAGGUGGUGUUUUCUUGGGAGGUCUUGUUGUCCGUCGUUUCAAGUUAAAAGAGACACUCCUUAUGGCAGCUAAAUGCUGUUUGAUUAUCAAGGUUGCCACAAUAUUUACAAGUCUUAUUUGGCUAAUACCCGGAUGUGACGAGGUGCAACUUGCUGGGAUAGUCAAACCGUACUGGGACAGGUAGGGAGAAAGAUAAUAGCAAUUGAAGUAGUUGAAUUGAUUUUGUGAUUUCUGCACUUCUCCACGUGUGAUAACUGGAUUUCUGAGUGGUUUAUAGCUCGUUUCCUGGUCAUUUCGUAGACACUAUCACUAAAAACCUUGUAAAGAACUAGCAAGUUGUAGAUUAUUUGUAGGUCGUAGGGAUUAUACUGGCUGGAUUGUCAUGUUCUACAGCUACAUGUUGCCAGGCUUUCUUUAAUGAUUCAUGGACUUAACUUGUUUGUCCUUCACAGCACAAUGGGAGGAAAUUCUUUAAUUUCAACAUGUAACAAAAACUGCAGUUGCCCUCUGUCCCUGAUCAGACCUGUGUGUGGCUCGGACAAAUUAACGUACUUCUCUCCUUGUUUUGCUGGUUGCACUUCAUCACACACUAGUGGGGUAAGGUUUAAGAACAGAAUCUUUCCUUGAAUAUGACCUAUCAAUAGUGAUGUCAGCUAGAACAAAUUCAAAAUUUCCAAUGAUAUAAUACAAUCUCAAGGUCGAACAUGGAAAACGCCAUUUAGAAGGGCCUAAAUUUUUAUCCUCAUCAAAGAAUCAACUUUUACCUACAUUCAGCGCAUGAGAUUACCAUGUAUAACGCAGGUGACAUGAUGACUUGGGAAGAAGUAACUCUAUUGUAAAGAGAAAAGAACGUUGAGUUUAAUAGUUUACUACCAAACAUGAUUGUAACAUUUUUUUUACAUAAAGCACAGUUUGUAGUCAGAAUGACGCGAGAUUUCGAAUCAGUCAAGAGACUCCUCAGAGAUUUCGAAAUCCUGUUCGUAAACUUACAAUUUAUUAUUCGUCUGACCCUCGAUCACAGAAAGAUUCUUGAACGCAGGUCCACGAGUUACAUUUAUUCAACAAAAAACCCGUAAAGUCCAUGUACUUAAUAUAAGCCGAGCCACCGAUACUGUAGCACAUGUAUCCAGGCCCUAUUUUUACCUUCAAAGUUUACAGUGCACUGGUUAAUGAUGUGUUUUCGUAACAGGUUUACACUGGGUGUAACUGUGUCUUGACACCUUUUAAUAUCUCAACGCCCGUGGCUUCUCGUGGAUUGUGUGACAGAGGCUCAGGCUGCAAAAAUUACAUCGUAUUUUUGGUCGCUGUGCUACUUCUGGUGAUGGCAGGUUUUACACUUUCUGUACCAAACAAGACUGUUGUACUUAGGUAAACACAUAUAAAAGUAACAAGACUUUUCGAUUUGAAAACAGCUGACAGGCCUAUGCCCCUGAAUUCUUACAACGUUGGUUGUCCACAGUUGUGUAGACAACCAACAUUUGGCAGAACGCUUCACUCUCACAACGCCUCUGUCCAUCCUAGAGUAUAAAUGGGUACCGGCGCAUUGUCAGGGAAGCCUGACGAAAUGCUGGGGGGGUAACCAUGCGAUGGAAUAGCAUCCCUUUCAGAAAAUUCUCCUAAUCGCUUCCUCGUCGGAAACCGGAAUAAGCUCCGGCUGAGUGGGCCACUUGGCUCCAGCGCAGACCUUGCCUUUACCUUUUUAUUCUAGUACAAUACUGCAAGUACUAACAAUUAACUAUUACUCAUUUAAAACUCUUUGCUAUUUACGUCUUUCAUUUCCAAUUCGGACUUAACUCACAUUUACGAAAACAAAAAGGAAAUCUACAAACAUCAAAAGAUUUGCCAUUACAAUGGCAUUAUUAUCAUCUCAGCUGUGUUCAAUCCUAGGUCAGUUCCUGACAACAUUCGCUCCUACGCAUUUGGCUUACAGUUUGUAUUCCAGCGAACUCUUGGAUUCAUUCCCGGACCGAUAAUUUACGGUUGGUUGUUUGACACUCGCUGCCUCGUUUGGGCGGAAAGCUGCGGCAGAAGAGGCAAUUGUCAGUUUUAUGACGAACAUAGUUUGUCCUAUGGCAUCAUGCUUCUCGCCGGAAGUUUCCAUGGUAAUUUUGAAAUAAGAUUUUUGAUACAUUUCUAUCUAUUUAUGUUUUAUCUUUGGCAUCCAUCGGUCACGAGUGACCAAGGACCUCCGGUUCAGGUAUAUCGGAGCAGCGUCUAAGAUGGAUGUGCAGACCAGUGUGUCGAGAGUGACAGUUCUUUCUGUAGCCUUUGCACUCGCGCUCAGUGUCAUGCGUCGUCGAUCAAUAAAGAGCUUCAACAUCUCCAUCCAUCAACCAUAAUUAUAACUAUCACUUCAGCAAUUGUACUAAGAUUUCACCGUAACUGUACUUCAUUUUUCUUUCUGCAGUGUUGGCUUCUUUAUUCUAUUUCAUUUCAUUUUGGUAUUGUCGCAAACGAACUACUUUAGACGAAGCGAAGAGCGUCAGGAAAACGGUAGAAUACGGCAAGAAAUUAAAUGAUCAGGACACAAGUGUGUAAGGGAAGUCAUGGGUUCCAAAUCUGUUCUCGAAUCCUUUUAUAAAAAGUUAUUAAUGGACAAAACUCUAAUUGUCUUAGUGCUAGCUUCCUGGUGUCAACAUUAACAUUUUUAUCAUGGAGGGUGAGGUUUUUAACGUG